AUGGCAAGGGAUAUGGAUGCACCAUGGAUUGUAGGAGGAGAUUUCAAUGUAAUAUGGGAUGAAGAAGAGAAGUUUGGUAGCAUUUUUACAUGGUGGAAUGGGAGAGCAGAGGAAGACUGUAUAUUCAAAAGGCUAGAUAGAUGCUUGGCCAAUCUUCAGUUCCAACAAACAUUUCCAGGAAUAGAGGUGCAACAUUUGUCAAAGACUGGUUCCGAUCAUAGUCCAAUGUAUCUGAAGUGUGAUAUCGAGAAUCCACCAAUUAAAAAGCCUUUUAAGUUCUUGAAUUUCUGGGUGGAACAUGCAACUUUUAAAGAUGUGGUGAAAGAGAAUUGGACAGCUGAUUUCAGUGCAAAUCCUUAUAUUCUUUUUAAUCAUAAGUUAAAAAAACUAAAGAAGGCCCUUUCACUGUGGAGUAAGGCUACAUUUGGAGAUAUUUUCCAAAAGAUAGCAAGCAUGGAGGAGGUAGUGAUGGUUCAUGAAGCAGAAUUUGAAGCAAAUCCUACAGGGAUGAACACGGAAAGGCUACAAAAGGUUCAGGCAGAAUUGAUCAAAUGUCUUGCACUAGAGGAGAAAUAUUGGCAACAAAAGGCAGGCAUGACUUGGUUCAAGGAAGGAGAUAGGAACACUAAGUUCUUUCACGCACAAGUGAGAGGUAGGAGGAAGAGACUUCAGCUUAAAAGAAUUCAAAAGAGUAGAGGAACAUGGAUUGAAGAAGAACAAGGAAUUGCAGAAGAGGCUAUCAAAUUCUACGAGGAACAGUUCACAGAAGUAGCUACUCUUUCAUCAUUUGAUAUCCUAGAGCGUGUUCCUAAUCUGAUUAACACUGAGCAGAAUGCAGAAUUGAUUAAGCAGCUAACAAAAGAGGAGGUUAAAGUGGCAGUACUCGGACUAAAUGGUGAUAGUGCUGGGGGGCCAGACGGUACUGUGAAAGAUGGGAUUCACAGAAAGGUUAAUAGGGAUUGUCUUUGGAUUAGUUUCAAACAAUUGGUAUUCUAUUCUAACAAUGGUCAAGCUCAUGGGUUCUUUAAGUCCUCAAGGGAUGUAAAACAAGGUGAUCCUGUUUCUCCAACUCUUUUUAUCUUGGCAUCAGAAGCAUUAUCUAGGGAUCUCAAUGCACUACAUACUAACCUGUAUUUUUGUGGAUAUGGGAUGCCAAAGUGGAGUCCAAAGAUCAAUCAUUUGGCGUAUGCAGAUGACAUGAUUAUUUUCUCAUCCUCAAAUGAAACAUCCCUGAUUAUGAUUAUGCAAGUGCUGAAUGCAUAUGAAGAUGCAUCUGGGCAGCUUAUUAACAAGACCAAAUCAGCUGUGUACCUGCAUCAUUUAACAGACAUGGAAGUAGUCAGCAAGGUGGAAAGAAUCACAGGCAUUAAUAGGAAUGAUUUUCCUAUCAUAUAUCCAGGUUGCCCUAUAUUUUAUGCAAGGAGAAAGCUGGAAUACUAUCAACCCCUAAUUACUAAGGUAAUGGACAAUCUACAAUCAUGGCAGGGCAAGUUAUUAUCAGUAGGGGGCAGAGCAGUUCUCAUAUCCCAUGUACUGCAAAGCAUGCCUAUGCAUCUACUAUCAGCUGUAAACCCUCCAAAUUAUGUGAUAAAUAGGUUGCACAAAUUGUUUGCUCAGUUUUUCUGGAGCAGCUCUGUAGGAGGAACUAGUAGGCAUUGGGCUUCAUGGAAUACCUUAUGCAUGCCGGUUGAGGAAGGAGGAAUUGGUUUCAGGUCACUGCACGAUGUAGCAAAGGCAUUAUUCAGCAAGUUGUGGUGGAAUUUCAGAAUAAAACCAAGCCUAUGGAGCUCUUUCGUAUGUCAGAAAUACUGUAAGAAAAUGAAUUCAGUAGUUGUUCCAUGGAAAAAGGGGUCUCACAUUUGGAGAAAAAUGUUGGAAUGCAGAUAUCUAAUUGAACAUNUGGUGGAAUUUCAGAACAAAACCAAGCCUAUGGAGCUCUUUCGUCUUGGGGCACUAUAUUUUUUGGUUCCUCAGGACUUUGGCAUUGAUGAAACAAUACAAAAUGUACAUGAUGUUACCUUAGAUGGUGAGUGGGAUGUGGACUGGCUAUUUGAAAUACUUCCGGAAGACUUAGCAGUACACAUUCUGGAGAAAAUCAAACCACCUUCAUCUCAGCAGCCUGACGAGGAAUCUCUUCAGCACUUGUUUUUUAGAUCAGAAACUGCAAAGACAACUUGGAAUUAUUUUCUAUCGAGGGCAGGAAUAGCUGUGGAGGGACUUACAUUAGGGCU